AUGAGAAGAUGGUGCCCAACACCAGCUUUGACUAUCUUCGUCGCUUACGCUCCAACAUCAAGCUACGAAGAAGAAGAAGUCGAAGCUUUCUAUAUGGACCUGGAGAAGUUCUACCGAGAAGAUCAUGCCUUCUACAAGGUCAUAAUUGGCGAUUUCAACGCCAAGGUUGGCCCAAGAAGAACACCUGAGGAACUUCACAUCGGAACCCACAGCCUACAAUGGAAUGACCAGGGGGAGAGGCUCUCCGAGUUCAUCAUGACGACUAAGACCAUCCAUGGGAACUCGCAAUUUCAGAAGCCCUCCUCUCUACGCUGGACGUGGGAGUCACCCGGUGGAGGGUACCAUAAUGAAAUAGACCACAUCAUCGUCAAUAAAAGGUUUUGCCUGACGGACGUCGCUGUUGUACCAAAGUUCUAUAUGGGAUCGGACCAUCGCCUCCUCCGAGGAAGAUUUCCCUUCACAAGGAGAGCAGAGAAAGCCGCCAAGUUCAGAGAGAGAAAUCCCAGGACUACCAUCAACUGGGAUCUCUUCGCUACGCUGGCCGGCUUUUGGGAAGAUUCCGCAAUGGACAACAUCGACGAGGAAUAUGACCGGCUCGUUGAACACCUUCACAACUGCGAGAAGAAGGCUGAGAGUUUUAAAACCACCAAGAGGCGCUUGUCUCUUGAAACUCUUGAGCUGAUACACCAGCGUGGAGCAGCAGGAGAAGCAGGGAACCAAGAACUCACGUCCGAGCUCGCAAAGCUUUGCAGAGAGGCGAUAAAGGAAGACCUUAAAGAGAGAAGAGCAGAAGUGCUGGCUGAGGCUGCAGAGGUGGAAAAAAGCAUCCACUAUGCCCGUCGAGACUUCGCCAGUCGCAAGACGAGGAUGACUGCUCACCGGAACCCGAAGGAAACAACUACUGCAUCGAGAAGACGGAUGGAGAAAAUCACUCCGAUCUCUUCGACAGCCACGUCCACUUGCCUCCUCACCAUCUGA